AUGGCCGUGGCUCUGCAAAAGUACGCUCUUCAGCUGAGAGCAGAUGACCUGGCUGACGGGGUCUCAGCCCAUGCUGAAGAGGUGCAGUUUAAUAGGCUCAGCUUCCUUUCGACAAUAUUCUUAGCUUUCACACGUUCAGCUGUUUUGAAGCCCUCUUCUCGCCAUUUUAUUAUAUCCGUGCGCGAUUUAUUGCCUCCUCACCUAGGCUGCUACUUCACCCGAGAACCCUCCACGAACUUCCAUCCGAAGACACACCAGGAUCGGCUGCUAAUGACGUUCACCCAGGAUAUCCCACACAUUAACCCUCGCUAUCACCCAAACUGUGGAAGUGUGACUCCAUCCAACCCUAGCGUCACAUGCGGUACCCAAACAAACUCAUACUCAAGCCUCCUCUCCCCUAAAGGAUGGCGUAAUAUGACGCGCGACGAAUGCGGAGUGGAUCCUGAAGAGUCGCAUCCAAAUCAGUUCAAAAACAAGAAAUCCCACCUCAUUGCAACGACGAGAAGCGAGGGCGAGGGCGAGGGCGCUAAUCAUCAACCUUGA